AUGCUUCGGCGUAGGUGGGGCGCGCACAGGGCAAGGCAUCGCUUUGUCGACCGCGUCAAGGUGCUACUCUGCAGCGGAGCUGGCGGCGAUGGUGCAAGCAUCAUGGCUCACGAGCACGGCAACGAGUUUGCCGGCCCAGGCGGUGGUAAUGGAGGCAACGGCGGUAAUGUGAUGCUGCAAUGCGUCAAGCAGCACACUGACCUCAGUCAUAUCGAGGACCUGGGUAGUCAGAUCUCCGCCGGCGCAGGCUGCUGCGGCUUCUCUCGUGAGGCGCACGGCAAGCGUGGACAGGAUCUGUGGCUGCAGCUGCCGCUGGGAACCCAGGUCGUGGACAUGGACACGAACGAAGUGCAGUACGACAUGGAUGAGGAGGGGAUGCAGAUUGUGCUGCUGGAAGGCGGCCAGGGCGGCAAAGGCAAUGCCGCCUUUGCGAACAAAUGGCACCACUCUCCCAUCGAGUCCACCAAGGGGCUGCCCGGCAACACGAUGCUCGCCCAAAUCGAGCUGAAAACCAUCGCCGACUGCGGCCUCAUCGGCUACCCGAAUGCUGGCAAGUCGUCCUUGCUGUCCGCCAUCAGCGCCAGCAAGCCCACCAUUGCCCCGUACGCCUUCACAACCCUACGUCCGUACGUUGGCGUGCUUCACGACCUCUACGGGAAUGUGUGCCGCGUCGCGGACAUUCCGGGCCUCAUCGAAGGUGCUUACGAGAACCGCGGCCUGGGUCAUCAGUUUCUGCGCCACGUGGAGCGUACAAAGUGCCUUGCCUUAGUGGUGGACAUGUGCAACACAUACGUCCCCGACACGGGCUUGCGCAACUCCUCCGAGGUGCUGCAGCCGUGGGACGUGGUGGAGCUCCUUCUCCAGGAACUGGAGUACUACCUCCCCGGCAUGAGCCAGCGCGUCAUCAUGACCUUCGCCAAUAAAAUGGACAUCGAGAAGGAUAGCACUGGCACUGCCACGCAGGUAAAGCUCUCGGAGCUCAAGCGGCGCGUGUCGAUGCCGGUGUUCCCGAUCUCCGCCGCCCUCGGCAUCCACCUUGGACCACAGCACGAGCAAACCGGGCUGGCCCCAGCCUUGCAGUUCAUGUGUGGAGAAGUGUUUGCGCGCCAGUCGCAGGAGCGCGAGAUGCGACAGUUCCGCUUCUCACACGAACGCGCACAGCUUGAACGAGCCUUCCGCGCUAAGCACAACGGUGUCUUUCUACCCCAGGUGCACGCCCUGGGUGCACACGGAGCAGAAGCUUCGCAAGACCUAGACGACGAGGCUGCCGACCGCGGUGGCUCGCUGGUGGACCAGCAACUCGACUUUUUGGGUAACAGCGGUCUUGGCGUGAAGUUUGAUGCCUACGAGAACUCUGCUGCGCGGGGCCAGCUGCAUCGCUACCGCGAUCUCACCAUGAAGGGCAAGUACUGGAAUCUGACCCGGCAAGAUGGCGAGGUGAUGAAGGGAGAAAAGUGGAGCUGA